UAGCGGAUCCCGAGUCCAACAUUUCCGGACAUUUCAUCAUAACCACAGCCUUACUUAGAAAUACCAAAGCCCAGCAUGGAGAGGUCAUCAAGCUGAGGGUCAAAUACAGAAAGGCAGUGUGUCAGAGUGUGUCAGAGCGUAUCUAUCAGCAACCAUAUAGUGAACAGAUAGGGGUAGCAACAUAUCAAUCAUUCUUGCCGUUAGUUUCUGUCUCUGCAUUGAGCAUAUUACUUUAUCGACUUUGUUUUGACAUGGAGUCUCAGGCAUCAGAGACUCAUGACCUUACCGGCGCGGGUUAUGUCGUUAAUGGCUUCCCAGCGCCUGGGUUGCCCCGGACUGUACGCCACAUCACCGGGUUCAACCCAGACGGCCAGUCGGUGUUUCUAAGCACUGAUUCAGGAGACCACCACAGAAUCAUGGGCGAGCGACAAGCCGUCGCGAACAUCAUAUAUUCGACUGCGGAAACACCUGUUGACCUAAAUGAUAGCGCUGACGUGAAGCAUGCCAAAGAGAAUGAGCCUCCGCUACACUAUACAAAUGGUACCGUGGCCCGCAUGAUAGACUUUGCCCCGGGUGUGGUGUCUCCUAUGCAUCGUGCGGCGUCCCUGGACUAUGGUGUUGUCUUGGAGGGUGUGUUCGAGUUGACGCUUGACUCUGGCGAGACACGAAUCAUGAGGAGAGGUGAUAUCAGUGUGCAGAGGGCUGCGGCGCACCAGUGGCGCAAUAUCACGGGCAAUGGUACUAUGCCUGGUCGUAUGCUGUAUAUUCUGCUUGAUUGCAAGGAUAUGUAUGUUGAGGGCAAGAAGGUCGAGGGCUAUCUUGGCUUGUUGGGGCAGUAUUACAAAGGACACGAAAAAUAACGGCCCAUGAAUCAAAUUCUACUGCUUGAAGGAUAUAUAG